CUGCCGUGAAUCGUCCCCCCAUCUCUUCGUCUCUCCUCACCACCGCUGCACUAACCAUGGUCAACCUCAAGACUCUCCUGGCUGCGCGCCUCGUCUCCCUCUUCCUCUCGGCUGCCUUCACUCUUUGCGUCGUCGGCCUCUCGGGCAAGUCCCUCUCAAACCUGCACCACGACCGCCAACUUGCAUCCAAGCUGCUCAAGGGUGCCGUCAUCCACGCCGACGAUGUCCUAGCCGUCCUCGGAUGUGUCUGCGCCGCCGCUGGCCUCGGCGUCAUCGUUUCUUUCAUCUCCGAGAUCGUGCUCUUCAUCGAGAAGCGCAAGGGCAUGCCUCGCCGCUUCCGCUACAUCAAUGAAUUCCUCAUGGGCUUCUGCACUCUCCUUCUCCUCGCCGUCGCCAUCGCCGCGACCGUGAUCGUCGUCAACCGCCAGGCGAGCGUCACUGCCCCCGGCAUCCCCGCCGCCACCAUCGCCACGCUCCUCAAGGCCACCGGCAAGUCGCUCCGCUACCGUGACACCUUCGCCUACUACGCCAUGAUCUGCGCUUGGUUCGCCUGGUUCUUCAUCUUCAUCUCGUUCAUUCUCAUCGUCAUGGCCGGCCUCCACUACCGCAAGUCGGAGAACCAGCGCCGCGACGCCAGCGUCACAAUGACCGAGAAGCGCUCGGCUGAGCACGACGCCGCCCCCGUCGCCGUCUAA